AUGAAGAACCCCCGAUCAAUAAAAAAGGGUGGUGAUAAAACAAAUGAUAUAAUGAAAGAUGCUAAAGAAAACUCAUUUAACAAUUCUAUAGAUUCUAACUAUUCCACUAAUAAUAAUAAUAAUAACUACAAUAUUAAUCAAAAUAUCAAUCGUUCAACUUCACUGUCUCAACAACAUCAACCUUAUUUAAAUCAAUUGGAUUAUUUUACAAAUAAUCAUUUUUCAACAUCUUUUAAUAGUUUAAUUUUAGAUGAUUCUUCUAAUAAUGAAUUAAAUAUAACAUCAAGAAAAACUAUAAAUAAAUCACCACCUUUUAAUACUAAACAUGAUUUCAAAAAUGAUACAAUUGAUACUUGUUUAAAUGGCGACCUGAAUGAUGAUGAUGAUGAUGAUAAUGACGAUGAUGAUGAUGAUGAUUUCAUUAAUGAAACGGAUAUAGAUGAAGAAUUUGAUAAUUUCAGUGAAGAUAAUAUAAAAGUUAAUGAGAAUAAUCAAAUUAUUGAAGAUAUUAAUUAUACACCAAUAAUCAAAAGAUCAGAAAGUCAGAAAUCAAGUUCCUAUCAUCUUAAAAGACCUUCAUUAGACUAUGAAUCAUCAAAUUCGACAAUCAAGUUAAAUAAUCAUUCACAAAAUUCAAUAAAAAGAUCACUGAAAUUUAUUAAUUUAUCAAUUGAUUCAAAUUUAAAAACAUUAGAUGGUAGUAAACAAGAUGAAAUUAAUUUAAAUCAAAUUGAUUCUAAAAUUAUUGAUAAUUCAUCACCAAUUAAUAGAAAUCUACCGUCUUUAGUUCACAAUAAUCAAUUCAAACGACCUCAUAAAUUAGUAAGUCAAUCACCUUCACCAUCAUCAAAUAAAAUACGACCUUUAUCGUCACCUCAGCAACAACCAAAUUUAUAUUCUCCAUCAAAGUUAAAUAUAAAAAGUUUUAAAAAUUUCAAGAAUUCAAAUACAACUUCACCAAUACGAAAUUCAGAAACAAAUACCCCAAUUUUUAAUUCUCAUGUAUUUGGACAACAAGCUAAUAAAUUAAGAAAAACUUAUACGCCAUUGAAUCAUAUUUCACAAAGUGUUCAAAAGACUAUAAUUCAUAAUGAUUUUAGUGAUGCUGACCUUGAUAGUCCAUCAAAAAAUAGAAAACUGCUGUCCAAUUCCACUACAAAUUCUUCUAACUUGAUGUAUCAUGAAGAUGCUUACGAUGAUGAAAUUUUAAAACAAACAAAGAACUCAAUAGAUACCACAACCUCAACCAACAAUAAAAUAACAAUCACACCAUUUGAUGAUAAAGAAAAUAAUGCUUCAUAUCAAUUUGUUAAACCUUUACAAACAGCUUUCAACUCAAAUGGAUUACUAAAGAAGAAUUGUGCUUUAGUUAAGAAUACAGAUAGAAAAUUACCACCAGAAACACCAAUCAAAAGAAAUCCAUUAAUGCUUUUAAAUACAAAUCGACCUAUUCAUCAAUAUAAUGAAGAAGACUCAUAUCUAGCAUCAUCAAAUUACUUAAAUCAUCAUAAUCAACAUAACCUCCAAAAUAUUCAAGAUCAUGAUCAUUCAAUUGAAAAUGGAAGAAAUAAUGCAACUACAAUUUAUGAUACUUCAAAUUUGAGCACUUUACAUAAUAGUAGUUAUUUCAAAAUUAUACCGUCCCUGACUGAAAAAGUAGAACCAAAUAAUAAUCAUCAAGAUUUUGGAAUAAUGUUUAAUUCAGACAUUGAUAUAGAUGAAGUGGAAGAAUUGGUUCCUGAAACUCCAACUAAACAUCCACAAGAAAAUCAACUAGUUCAAUUGAGUAAACCCAAUAUGAAAUUAGAUUUGUUAAAAUUCAAUAAACUCAAAAAAUCACUAAAUGAAAACCCAUUAACACCAAUAAAUCAUGCUUUCAAUAAUAAAGAAAAUCUAAAUACUAUAGAUCAAAUAGAAGAUUUACAACCAAUAGAUGAAAAUAAUUCAUUUCAUUUUCAAAAAUUGGAUCAUCAACAUUAUCCAACAAAAAUUGAUGAACAUUUAUGUGAAAAAUUUGGAAUGAAAAAUUUAAAAUAUAUUGGACAAGGAGAGUUUAGUAUAGCAUUUGAAUGUGUUUUCAAUGAAGAAAAAUUCGCAAUCAAACGAACCAAAAAGCCAAUGAUUGGAAAGCUUGAUAAAAAAUCAAUAAUGAGAGAAAUUGAUGCUUUAAGAACAUUAUCAUCAAUAAAGGAAAAUGAUAAUGAAAAUUUACAGGAAGAAGAAGAUGGUAAAGAAAAUUUAGUAUAUUUUAUUGAAGCAUGGGAUUUCAAUAAUUAUUAUUAUAUAAUGACUGAAUAUUGUGAAAGUGGAACAUUAUUUGAAUUUCUUGAAGAAAAUAAGAAUUAUAAAAUUGAUGAAUUUAGAAUUUGGAAAAUAUUAAUUGAUAUUUUGAAUGGGUUAAAGUUUAUACAUUCAAAAAAUUAUUUACAUCUUGAUUUGAAACCACAAAAUAUUUUUAUUACAUUUGAAGGUAACUUAAAAAUUGGAGAUUUUGGAUUAGCUACAAAAUUACCGAUUUUGGAAAAAGAUUUUGACCUCGAAGGUGAUAGAAAUUAUAUUGCACCUGAAUUAAUUGAUGAUAAAAUAUAUACCCCAUUUGCUGAUAUUUUUAGCGUUGGCUUAAUUGUUUUGGAGAUAGCCGCAAAUAUUAUAUUACCAGAUAAUGGUACACCAUGGAAAAAAUUAAGAAGUGGAGAUUUAAGUGAUGCUGGUCAAUUAUCAAGUGAUAAUAUUUCAAUGUUUUUACAACAUAAACCUGAAACAAGUAGUUCUUCAAAUACAAAUUUUAGUUCAUCAAUAACUUCAAAUCAUUCAAUAAAUUUAAAUUUGAUAAAUCCAUUACAACAGCAAUACAAACCAAUGGGAAAUACUUAUAAUGAUGAAUUAUCUACUAAAUCAAAUAUUGCAAAGAAUCAUAAAGCUAAUAAGAAUGUUCAAAAUGUAGAUACAAUUAAUCAGAAAGAUCUAAUACCUACUUGGGCACCAUUAUUUUUAGUUAAUGGAGACUUAAAAGUUUUAGAUAGAUUAGUCAACAAGAUGUUAAAACCAAAUCCAUUUGAUAGACCACUGGCCAAAACAAUUUUAGAAAUGGAUGAAUGUAUUGAAAUUGAAAAUAGAAAAAAAUGUGGUGCUACAAUUUUUGAAGGAGAAUUUGGAAGUCCACCAGACGAAUGA